AUGCCUCUUCCAAUCGCCUCCACGGCAUCCCUCUUCGAGGAUGUCCUGCAGUCCAACGAGGCAAUUGAAGUCCCCAUUGGCGGAGUCGACUUUGUCUCCUUCACGAGUGGACAAACCAUAAGAACACUUGGUACCAGGAGGUUGAAUGGCAAUUCGGCUCUUGUGCUCGUGUCCACCAAAGGUGCCAUUUUAGCUAACGUUCCCCUGCCCCCUUGCAGCAUGGAAGAACAAAAUGCUAGUCUAACGCAACUGUGGAAGAAAGCGACCGCCUUUCUGAAUCUCUUCACCGAAAAUGCAGGACUCUUUCUGGGCCAGGAUGAGAAAAGGUAUGCAAUGGUUUAUGGACCCUCUGCGAGACAUAAACCCUUCCCGAAAUACAAUGCGAUCAUUGAUUCCAUUCUUUCGAAUACGUUGGGAGUUAUUGAGAAGCCUAAGAUUGUCUCAUAUUCGUAUGAGGAGGGCGUCCACAAUCAGCCUGAUAGUGGGUCUGUCUUUAUUGAUGGAAGAGGUGACAUUCCUAAGGUGUAUGUGGAGGACAAGGAUCAGAAAUGGUUCGACUAG